AUCGUCUCAAUAAUCAUAUGAUUAUGAAUUUAUGACACAUCUAGAAUCGAAUCGUGAUGUUGGCAAGAGGCCCAUCUGCAAGAAGAAUAAUAAAUCACUAGUUUUCUAUUAAUAUGAGAGACAAGUACAUUUGCAUUAUGUUAAUAGAUAGUUGCUGAUCUCUAAAAUGAAAAGGACAUAUGGAUGAGAUACACGGUGGGACAAGAUGGGAAAUCCACAACAUGUUCUACAAUGCUACCCCUAUAUGAAUUAAUUAAAUCCUAAUCUUCAUAGAUCGCGGCUACUACUACCGCAAUUAAUUUUCUCAAGAGAAAGUACUACGUCAUAACCAAAUUUCACCAAAUCAACACUCCAAAGAAACUUUCUUCUUCCAUGUCUCAAAAUUUUGUCAAGAAAAUUAGCAUUAAUUAUUGUACAAACACAUUAUUGUAAGCUUAAUUAUGACGUGUAGUCAUGAGUUAUCUUUGUAUCAUAUCUCAAUUAUUAGUCAAUGAAUCAAGGUAAACCAAUCCAGUAAGAAACAACUUUUAGAGCUUCUUUGUUCUUUCUAACAAGUCAAGCUUCUUAUAUUAUUACUCCUCAAUUUCGAUUCAAACAUUGUCAAUUAAGAUAAAGCCUAAGUUAAUAUCCGAUAUUGAUCAAUCUCAAUCUCACACCCUAUCAGCAGAUCCCAACUCUAUAAUAAGCACAAACUCAUUGAAAAAAUAUCCCCGAGCCUCAUCAUCUUCAUCUUCUUCCUUAUCCCUCUUCUCCAAAUGGAUGAAGAAGAACUAGAAUCAUUUGAAUUCAACAACCUUCCAAAAGACAUAAUUUUCGACAUUUUUUCAAGAAUCCCAUUAAAACACCUCUAUCAACUACGAUGUGUUUGUAAGAAAUGGCUAUUUUAUCUACAUCAAAACCCAGAAUUCAGAGAUUUUUACCAUCAAAAACACAAAAUCAACCCAAUUUUACUCUUCACUAAACAAAUUAUGGAAAACCCAUCAACCCAAUUAUCUUCCUACUAUAUUGAUGGAACCCCAAUAACUCAAAUUUCAACCAAUUUUGAUCAAUCAUUAAUUUCAACCCUAACCUGCAAUGGAAUCCUCUGUUUAAUCACAAAAACCAAUGCAUUUCUUUAUGAUCCUAUAACCAUGAGAAUCUCUAAUCUCCCUAAUUCAAACCCUCGCCGUUUCGAUUCAUCAUUUGGGUGGGCAUUCGGGUUUUCCCCGUUUCGAAACGUUUUCAAAAUCCUACAUUUUUACACCAUUGAAAAGAAAUUUGACAAUUUUCAUUACUGUCAAACACAGGAAAUAAUGUGUGAAAUUCUGAACAAACCCAAUUCAGACCUCGGGUUCGAAUCCCAAGAAGAGUGGAAUAAUCUUGGGAUUUGCCCAUUUGAUUUUCUGGGUAGAAAAAAUUAUGCAUUUGUUGAUGGGAAAUUUUACUGGUUAAUUGGAGAAAAGAAAUUCAACCCAGAAAACAUAAAGAUCAUGUCUUUUGAUCUUGAAUUUGAGGGUUUUGGGUUGAAUUAUUUCCCCAAAUCAUGCUCAAAUCGUUCAGUUGAAUGCUUGGAUUUGGUGGAAAUUAGGGAUUUUUUGUGUUUAACAGAUAGAUUACCUUGGGAAUCGAGCAUGGAUAUUUGGAUGAUGGAGAAAGAAAAUAAGGGUUUUCCAAAUUUUUGGGUAAGAAAAUAUAAAGUUGAUCUUAUGGGAAUUAAUCAUCAUGAUGUAAGAAUUUUGGGCCAUGUGAUUAAAAUCAACGGUGGAGAUUGUGAGAGUGAAGGAAAGAUUAUGAUAAAAUUUGGGGGUCAAAGUUUUGGGUUUUAUGAGCUUGAUAAUGAGGUUUUUACAAAUUUGGCGGGUGAAAUUAAUUUUCAAGGAUGGGAUUUACAGUUGAUGGUUAACAGAAAGUUUCUAUUAUAGAAAGUUUCAAUUACAGAAAAUUAAUUUUGUACUGUAGCUUCCAUUUUUGGAGAGUUGAUUUGUACUCAUAAUUGUGAAUCUUCAAUUUAUAGAAUAUACGAGUAGUUGAGAUUUUUCUUGUCAAAAUUUCGAGAUAUUUUAGCAUGGAGAUUUUUGCCUACACAAUUGGUAUAUACUGUGUACUAUACAAAGAUACACAAAGUGAAAAUGUUUCUUU